AUGUUUUUUCCAGUGAGACCCAACAGUACCGAUAGGAAGCCCAAAUCCAAGAACUGGAAACAACGUCCCAAGCGUUCGUCCCAAGUAUCCCAGGUUCGCUCCCGCACUUCAACCAAGGAUCCCGAACCAGAACCAACGGUUCGCUCCUCCAUCUCAGCCUCGACUUCACACAGUGAACCCCCACAUCGGUCCUCGAUGCCCAGCGUCGACACCGAAAGCCGCUCCGGCACUGCCUCUUUUCUCGAAUCGAGGACCAGUCUACCAUACCCUACUUUCUCUAAGGCGCAUAGCAAAGAGGAUGCUCGCGGAAACAUCCCCACCCCGGACGCGACCGACCUGACCGAACAAGACGAUGGGAAGGAGAAUCGACCCAGCCACCACCGCACCGAGAACCACCAGGCCCCUCCCAGUCCACCGCUAACGGGCCUGGAUCAGCCAUCGUCUCGAAAAGGUACACCGGUUGAGGAGGAGGACAAGGACAAGGGGUCGGAGAAGCCAAGAAAGAAAGCAAGCAUCAAGAUCCGGACGGAGGUGAACCGCUCGUCGUCUAGCCUGAAGUCUAAGAAGGAUGAUGGAAGCAAGACCUCCAGGACGGUGCGCGCAGAGACACCCAAGUCUAAGUCAUCCAGACCCGAGAAGGAGAAGGAGAAAGAAAAAGACAAGGAGAAGGAAUCAUCCCCCCGGGUUAGCCACAAGCCCUCCAAGACCAAGGUCUCUUCCGAAGAGAAGAAGCUGCCGAAAAGAUCUAGCCGUUCUACAAUGUCGCCCUCACAAUCGAAUUUAACGGCUCGGGAUGUAGGCGUUGAAUCCUUGAAUGGGUCCGAUGCUACCUCUAUCGCCCCCAACCAGCAGUAUAUUCCGCCGCGCAAACCCUCCCCGCCAAUGGUCAAGCCUCCAUCGCGCACCCAAAGCCGAUCGGCAUUUUCUCAUCGUCAUACCCCUAGCGAUGAAUCUCUCGAAUACGGCCGACAUGUCCCAUCCGGCCCAUCUUUCGGGGCACCGCCGCCUCCGCCUCCUCCACCCGCUGUACCGUUAACUAUUCCAAGGGUCGAUUACCUGCUACAACAUGGUGGCCUCAAGAACAAAGUCUCGCGCACGCUGCUCCCCGUCUCUAGUUCAACCGAUCCCUUCGGCCAAUCCGCUACUCAUCCUCAACAAGCUGCUGCAAAGUUUUUCGAUCCAUUCAACAGCCUUCUUGAUGAUUACCAAAAAGUGAUGAGCAAAAAUGGAUCUAUUGCUGUGGCAACUGGAUAUCGAUCGGUUGCGCGACGGCUUCUCGACCGUUUGGAGGCAGUGUUCGCGCGUGAUAUUUCCUCGGAGCCCUGUAGUUGUCUUAUGUGCGAGCGGAAUGAUGAGGAGGAACGUCCAUCCGGAGUAAGCUGGGGGGAGGUUCUGGAGCUUGUAUCUGGUCGUCGGGAGCUUCCUAUGUGGCCGCCGUUUGUCAUGGCACCAUCUGCUGUUGACCCAGCCUUGGCUGGGGAGGAGCAUAUUCCAAUGCAGAAGCUUGAUGUUGAUGUCCCGGAGGAGUACCGAGAACACUUCAUUCGGCAAUCCCGCAAAACCAAAGUCGCUGUGGACAAAUGGCUUUCCGAACAAAAUGAUGGACCCAGCAAUGCUCCUGGAGAGGUGGAUGAUGAGACCCUGACUUUCGCCAUGUUGACUCAUCUCGAAACUCACCAGCGCUCAUUGUUCUGCGCUCUCCUUGGCAUCACCUCUUCGACCCCCGUCCCCCGGUCUGAUGAUGAAAAACCCCGAGCUAAACCAUCCGCGCUUGUUUCCUCAUCGCUGGCAAUCCAGCGACUCUACCGCCUGCCCGCACUUCCUCGCGACUCAGAAGCAGCCAUGUUCAUGCUCAACAACCCUGGAUUGCACCAUGUCCUAGCCACCCUGUCCGCCAUCAGUGACGACGAGUGGGAGAUUCUCAUAUCUGGUCGCUUCGACGGGUUCCUCCGCAGCGGCGCCGAAGAUACCACGCAAUCCGCUCCUCGCUACAAUGGCAGUCGUUCCACCACGCCCUUCAGCGCUGCAGGAAUUUCUCGCGGUCCAACCCCCAACUACAUGGACAGCAGCUUCCGCCCCGGCAGCCAACUCAACGGAGGCCCAACAUCACCUGCCAACGGAGGGCCAAUCGCACUGGACGAAGAGACGGAAAUCGCAGCUUUGGCGGAAAUCGAACGCGACAUCUUCCUCGGCAUGGAAGCACUCGAAGACGCGUUCGAAACCCUGCACCUCAAAGCCGAAGUUGUCCGCCGUGCACUCAGAGAACGUGGAGCAGGUCUAUCCGUCGCUAGCCAGGGUCGACGCGGCUCAUUCGUGGAAGCCCGCUUAGGCACUCCCUUCUCCGCUGCCGGCGGCUGGGACAGCGCAGAAGAGGAUUUCCUCAAUGAUGACGACCGAUCCUUAGCCCCAGACGACUCCGCUAGUAACAUCAGCUCGAACCGGCGCCGUCGACCUAAGCGACGCACAGAGCGACGCACCCCCGCUCCGGUUGAAGAGGAAGAUGAGGAAGAUUCACAGGAUGGCCGCCGCGAGCGCAACUCUCGGCGCCGGUAA